CCCUGUAGUUUCCGAAUCCAAUUUGUCCUAAUCCAUCAAAGCAAUGCGUAGGUGAGCCCUAAUGGGAUUAGGGAAGCCCUAAAGGCCCGCGCAUAUAAAGGGAGUUCUCCGCUAGUUUUCGCUUAGUGGUAGGAGUUUGUUGGCAAAAUGGUGUUCAACUUCCGGGUGUUCAAAAAACAAGCCCCCAAUGGGAAACUUACCAUGUACUUGGGUAAGCGCGACUUUGUGGAUCACAUUUCCGGCGUGGAGCCCAUAGAUGGGGUGGUCGUAAUCGACGAAGAAUACAAGGAGCGCAAAGUCUUCGGGCAAGUGGUGUGCAGCUUCCGCUACGGACGCGAAGAGGACGAGGUGAUGGGCUUGAACUUCCAAAAGGAUCUUUUCCUGGCUUCUGAGCAAGUGUAUCCGCCGCCAGAGAAACAUGAGACCUCAAAGUUGCAGGACAGGCUGGGGAAGAAGUUGGGAGAAAAUUGCUUCCCUUUUCGAUUCACCUUGCCCCCCAGCGCUCCCGCUUCUGUUACCCUCCAACCUGGGCAAGAGGACGAUGGGCAGCCGUGCGGGGUCCACUACUACGUGAAGCUCUUUGUGGGGGAACACGAAACUGAUCGAAGCCACAAGCGCAGCACCGUUUCAAUGGCCAUUAGGAAGAUCCAGUACGCGCCCUCCAAACAAGGCCAACAGCCUUGCACAGUCGUGCGCAAGGACUUCAUGCUGAGCCCUGGCGAGCUGGAACUCGAAGUGUCCCUAGACAAGCAAGUUUACCAUCACGGCGAGAAGAUUGCGGUGAAUGUUUGCGUUCGCAACAACAGCAAUAAGGUGGUGAAGAAGCUGAAGGCCAUGGUGCAGCAAGGGGUGGAUGUGGUGCUGUUCCAGAAUGGCCAGUACCGCUCCACGGUGGCCAACAUCGAAACCCAGGAAGGCUGCCCGAUAAAUCCGGGUUCCAGCUUGCAGAAGGUCAUCUACUUGCUGCCCUUGCUGGCUUCCAAUAAAGACCGCCGCGGCAUCGCUUUGGACGGCCAGCUGAAGAAGUUGGACACCAACUUAGCGUCCACCACACUACUGGCCAGUCCGGAUCAACGCGAUGCCUUCGGCAUCAUUGUCUCCUACGCGGUUAAAGUGAAGCUCUAUCUCGGGGCGCUGGGAGGAGAAUUGGCUGCUGAGCUCCCGUUUGUCCUCAUGCAUCCCAAGCCCAACUCCAAGCCGAAGCUGGUGCAGGCAGACAGUCAGGCCGAAGUGGAAAUGUUCAGGCAAGACACCAUCGAACCAGAACUCGACGCCGAACUUGACUAAGUUUGCCUGCAAAACGGGACGUAAAUAAAACCGAUAAUCGGCCCUGUAAAUGAA